AGCAACCCUCCGCUCAACCAACUUCCAGACCACCACCGAGAUCAAUCGCCGGCUCGUAAUAGUUCCCGCAAAAGACACACUUCAUCAUGGCGAAAAAGGACAAGAAGAACAAGAAGGUCCGCGACGACUCGUGGGAGGAAGAAGUUGAGACGGCCGUCCCAGUGGAUAAGACCGCCGACGCCGCCCCAGUCGAAGCCGAGAAGGAGGAAGAGACUGCUCCUGCGCCCGGCCCUGCUGCUCCUACAGAGGCUACAGAGGAUGAUUUCGGCGGCGGCGGACUCCUCGCCGCCCUCAAGAAGAACCAGGCCAACAAGAAAAAGAAGGGAAAGAAGUCAGCUCCUACGGCCGUGGCCCUCGACGACGAAGAUGCGACACCUGAUGGUUCCGGCACGCCAGCUGAUGUGGCUUCUCCGUUUUCCCACGCCCCCACCGAGAUCACCGAGAUCGAUGAGGAUGACUUUGGUCCCGUCAAGAAGGGCAAGAAGGGUGGCAAGCAGGCUCCCGCUGUUGCUGCUCCUGCUGCCGACUCUGGAACCGCCACGCCGAACAACGAGGAGGAUGGCGGAAGGGUGAAGACGAAGAAAGAAAAAGAGAAAGAGAAGAAGGAAAGAGAGAAACAGAGGAAGAAGGAGCAGGCUGCGAAGAAGAAGGGCACCGCACCUGCAGCUGCUCCUGCCGCCGCUGCUGAGGCCGCCCCUACAGAAGUCGCUCCCGCUGCCGCCACUCCCGCCCCCGCGAAGCCUGCCGCCGCCGCCGGUGGAAAGCCGAAGAAGCUCACAGGUGCCCUUGCGGCGCUCGCCAAGAAACAGGAGCUCCUUCGUCUACAGGAAGCGGAGAGACUGCGACAGGAAGAGGAGGAGCGAAAACAGGCCGAGGAAGAGGAACGUCUUAUCGCGGAGGAAGAGAAGCGGAAGGAGGAAGCCAAGGCACGGAAAAAGGAGAAGGAAAGAGAGAAGAAGGAACAGCUCAAGAAGGAGGGUAAAUACAUGACGCCGGCACAGAAGGAGGCGGCAAAGAGAGCCGAGCUGCGGUUACAGCAGAUGCGUGAUGCCGGUAUGAUCGUGCAAGCAUUGGACGCCCCCGACAGACCCAAGAAGCCUGUCAACGACAAGAAGAAGAAGAAGGGUGGAGCGGCAGAAAAGGCAAAGGCCGAGGCUGAGGCCAAAGCUGCCGAUGAAAAGAGACUGAAGGAGGAGAAGGAACGGAUAGAAGCCGAGAAGCAAGCCAAGAAGGCUGCGGAAGAGGCUCAGAAACUAAAAGAAGCCGAGGAGGCAGCUGCCAAGGCCAAGGCGGAGGAGGGCAUUCUUGAAAGUUGGGAAGAUGCAAUCGGCGAGGAUGGUGAUAUCAAGGAAUCUUGGGAUGACGACAGUGAUGACGAGAAGACAGCAGCGAAUGGAGCAGAAAAGGAUACCAAGAAACCCACAGGGAAAGAGGAAGACGAGGAUGAGGAUGAAGACGAUGAUGAUGACGAUGACGAUGAUUCGGAUGAUUCUGACGAGGAGCUUACGGCGACCCAAAAACAAGAAGCUCAGAGGAAAGCUGAGGCGGCCAAGCGGAGAGAAGCUAAACUUGAGGAAGCCAAGGCGGCCGCAUCCACGGACAAUCUUCGUUCUCCUAUUUGUUGUAUUCUGGGACACGUCGAUACCGGCAAAACGAAGCUUCUGGACAAGAUUCGUCAGACCAAUGUUCAGGAGGGAGAAGCCGGUGGUAUUACCCAGCAGAUUGGUGCAACUUACUUCCCUACAGAAGCCAUCAAGACGAAAACUGCGGUUGUGGAUCCUAAGGGCGAAAUGGAGUUCAAGACUCCGGGUUUGCUCGUCAUCGACACGCCUGGUCACGAGUCUUUCACGAACCUCCGAUCUCGUGGAUCUUCGCUUUGUAACAUCGCCAUUCUGGUCGUUGAUAUCAUGCACGGUCUUGAACCCCAGACGCUCGAGUCCAUCCGACUGCUGCGAGACAAGAAGACUCCUUUCAUCGUCGCAUUGAACAAGAUUGAUCGUCUCUACGGCUGGAACCCAAUUCCCAACAAUGGAUUCCAGAUGUCGCUGGCCAAGCAGAAGAAGUCUGUUCAGAACGAGUUCCGCGACCGUCUCGAGAAGACAAAGCUUGCUUUUGCCGAGCAGGGACUCAAUUCCGAGCUGUACUGGGAGAACAAGAGCAUUGCCAAGUUCGUGUCUCUCGUGCCCACGUCCGCACAUACUGGAGAGGGAAUUCCCGAUAUGCUCAAGCUCCUGGUCGAAUUGACCCAGCAGAGGAUGGCCGGGAAGUUGAUGUACCUCUCGAGCUUGGAGUGUACCGUUCUCGAAGUCAAGGUUGUCGAGGGUCUGGGAACCACCAUCGAUGUUAUCUUGAGUAACGGUGUAUUGCAUGAGGGAGACCGAAUAGUCGUCUGUGGACUGAACGGCGCGAUUUCGACCAACAUCAGAGCACUGUUGACACCACAGCCGAUGAAAGAGAUGCGUGUCAAGGGGCAGUACGUCCACCACAAGGAAAUCAAGGCAGCCAUGGGAGUCAAGAUCGCUGCCAACGAUCUUGAGGGUGCUAUUGCUGGUUCGAGACUGUUGGUCGUUGGACCCGACGACGAUGAGGAGGAUCUCGAGGAGGAGAUCAUGGGAGAUCUCGAGAACUUGUUGAGCAGAGUUUCUACUUCGGGUGUUGGUGUGGCCGUCCAGGCGUCCACUCUGGGUUCCUUGGAGGCGUUGCUCGAGUUCUUGCGGGUCAGCAAGAUUCCCGUUAGCACUAUCUCUAUCGGUCCCGUUUUCAAGCGUGACGUUAUGCGAGCUGGUGUCAUGUUGGAGAAACACAAGGAAUAUGCUGUCAUGCUCUGCUUCGACGUCAAGAUUGACAAGGAAGCGACACAAUACGCCGAAGAAGUCGGUGUCAAGAUCUUCAGUGCUGAGAUUAUCUACCACUUGUUCGACAACUUCACAGCUCAUCAGAAGGAAAUGCUGGAAGCUCAACGUCUCGAAGCCGCUGCGCAGGCCGUUUUCCCUUGCAUUCUGAACACGGUUGCCGUCUUCAUGAAGAAGGACCCGAUCGUUCUCGGUGUCGAUGUUGUCGAGGGCUCGCUCCGCAUGGGAACGCCCAUAGCCGCCGUCAAGAAGAACCCUCUCACGGGCGAGAUGGAAUCCGUCCUGCUCGGCCGUGUGACCAGCAUCCAGCUCAACCACAAGAACAUCCCGAUCGCCAAGAAGGGCUCCCCCAGUGUUGCCAUCAAGAUCGAAGGACCCAAUCAGCCCACGUACGGACGACAUCUGGACGAGAAGGAUGUGCUCUACUCGCAGAUCAGCCGUCUCACCAUCGACACGCUGAAAAAGUUCUACAGGGACGAGGUGGCGAAGGAGGAUUGGCAUCUGCUUGUCAACCUCAAGAAGGUCUUCAAUAUUACGUAGAUACAUACUGAAGUUGAAAAAAGAAUCAGGAGUUUAUAGUUUCAU